AUGUCACUACAGGAACAAAGAAGCAACAACCGACAGAGACCUCGGCACUCUUCCGAUGAUGACAAUGCUAACCUCACACAAGCAAAGAGAGAGAAAUCAUUCACUUGUGGUCUUUGUGCAAAGAGCUUUAUCACAAGGAGGCAGCUCGGGAGACACCAAUGCUUCCACAAUAAGAAAAGAUGCUUCUCUUGUGGUGAAUGUGGAAAGGCUUUUACUACAAAGAGUAACUUGACGAGGCAUAAGCUCAUCCACACUGGGGUUAAACCAUUCAGCUGUGACCAGUGUGGAAAGUCUUUUACUUCGCAAAGCGUCUUAAAAUCACACCAACUCAUCCAUGCAGGAAUUAAACCAUUCAUCUGUGAUGAGUGUGGAAAGUGUUUUACUCACCAAAAGAACUUAAAAUCACAUCAACUUAUCCAUGCUGGAGUUAAACCAUUCAUCUGUGGUGAAUGUGGAAAGGCUUUUACUGAAAAGAGUAACUUGACGAGGCAUAAGCUCAUCCACACUGGGGUUAAACCAUUCAGCUGUGACCAGUGUGGAAAGUCUUUUACUUUGCAAAGUGUCUUAAAAUCACACCAACUUAUUCAUGCUGGAGUUAAACCAUUCAUCUGUGAUGAGUGUGGAAAGUGUUUUACUCGGCAAAGUGACUUAAAAUCACACCAAAUCAUCCAUGCUGGAGUUAAACCAUUCAUCUGUGGUGAAUGUGGAAAGGCUUUCACUGAAAAGAGUCAUUUGACAAGGCAUAAUCUCAUCCACACUGGGGUUAAACCAUUCAUCUGUGGGGAGUGCAGGAAGUCUUAUACUUCGCCAAGUAACCCACAGUGA